ACAGGAAGAGAGAGAGAGAGAGAGAGCGAGAGCGAGAGCGGAGGAGAAGAGAACAUACACGAAACAUGAAGAGUAUGGUUACUAGCUACAGUUGAAUCUUCCCUGAUAAGUCCUUGUCUAGUGUGAGAGUCGAUGCAGAACUCUGUAUGUAGCUGAGUGUUUUCAGUAGAAGACCAGGAUGUCUACGUCGUACCAGCCAUGGCACCAUGGUAAUAUCACCCGAUCUAAGGCUGAGGAUCUGCUCUCCAAAGCAGCUAAGGAUGGGAGCUUCCUCCUCCGGGACAGCGAGUCCAUACAGGGUGCCUACGCCCUCUGUGUUCUGUACCAGAACUGUGUGUAUACCUACAGGAUCCUACCCAAUGAGGACAGGAAGCUCUCGGUCCAGGCCUCUGAGGGUGUGCCUAUUCAAUUAUUCUCUGUGCUGUCUGACCUGGUGGAGACGUUCUACAGUCCCAACAUGGGUCUGGCUACACACCUGCAAUUCCCUGUUCAGAAGGAGGAGGAGCCAGAGGAAGAAGCAGAUACGACAGUUGUUGGAUCAACAGAGCCAGUGAAAUGCCCUCCUCAGCUGCCCCCUAGGAACAGUAAAGAAACCCAAGGAGAGGAUUCCCGAGGCUCAGAGCUGGCUUGUAGUUCCCUGGGAGACACAUACCUACAGAGACUACAACACAUCGAUAUGUCUAACCUGCCAGAGGAGCACCAAAAAUCCAUUGAGGAAUACUUCCACACCUCGGUCUCUCUCGAUGCUGAGCAAGUCCAGAAUGGGAAUCCAUCCCUCCCCCAUCUAAAGAAGCUCACCAUGGGAAUCUGUAAACAACUGAACAGCGAGAUGUCCCGUACCCUGCCCACUCUGGAGACCUUUCAGAGGCUUCUGGACCAGCAGCUCUCCCCAGGGAUCGGACGUCUGAGGACUCCGGUGUCAGCAGAUUCCGACCAGUCUGUGUCCUUCAGGCUGGAACAACUGACCAAGCUGCUCUACUCCAUAGAAGAGAAGGCCAAAACAGCCGUGUUUGAGUGGGCUGGAUACGACGGAGACCACAGACGGUCUCUAAUACCACCUAUUACAUUUGAAGUCAAGUCAGAGUUGCUUGGUCUCACAACCAAGAUGUUCCUCAAGGUAGAUGUGGAAAAUGGGAAGAUCUACUUCAAGAAAUCUAAAGAUGGGCCAGAAGACAAAUACUUUGUUCACAAUAAAAUCUUACAGCUCGUGAAAUCCCAGAAGGUUGCCAAGCUGGUGAUCACGGUGGAAACAGAGAAGGAGAAAACUCUGAGGAAAGACUUUGUCUUCAACGACACAAAGAAAAGAGAAGGGUUCUGUCAACUCCUUCAGCAGAUGAAGAACAAGCACUCAGACAAGCCUGAGCCAGAUAUGAUCACUGUGUUCGUUGGCACCUGGAAUAUGGGGAACGCCAGCCCCCCACACAACAUAGCAUCAUGGUUCCAGUGUAAGGGUCAGGGCAAGACCAGGGACGACACAGCCGAUCACAUUCCUCAUGACAUCUAUGUGUUCGGGACUCAGGAAGAUCCCCUGGGGGAGAAGGAGUGGAUAGACACGCUGAAGAGUGCCUUGAGAGGAACCACCAACAUCAGCUUCAAACAAAUAGCCACCCAGACCCUAUGGAACAUCCAUGCAGCAAAAGCUUUUCACUAUACAUCCGUUCAUUUUAUUUUUGUUUUUCCAGGAAAUAAGGGUGCAGUGGGUGUAUCCUUCAUGUUCAACGGUACUUCCUUUGGCUUCGUCAACAGUCACCUGACCUCAGGCAGUGAGAAGAAGAUCAGACGCAACCAGAAUUACGUCAGCAUCCUACGCUUUCUGAAUCUUGGAGAUAAGAAACCGAACCAUUUUGACAUCACACAUCGAUUCACUCAUCUGUUCUGGUUCGGGGAUCUGAAUUAUCGAAUCCAACUGCCAUCCACAGAAGCAGAGAGCAUUGUGACCAAGAUCAAACAGCAGCAGUACCAGGAACUGCUGUGUAGAGACCAGCUCACCAUUGAGAAAGGAGAAGAGAAGGUGUUCCUACACUAUGAUGAGGAGGAGAUCACGUUCGCGCCCACGUAUCGUUUCGAGAGAGACACACGAGAGAGAUAUGCCUACACCAAAGCCAAAGCCACAGGGACUAAAUACAAUCUACCAUCAUGGUGUGAUCGUGUUCUACGGAAGUCCUACCCCUUGGUGCAUGUGGUCUGUCAGUCAUACGGGUGCACCAAUGACAUCAUGACCAGUGACCACUCUCCAGUUUUCUCCACAUUUGAAGUUGGAGUGGCAUCACAGUUUGUCUCCAAGCACGAUCCCAGCAGGGUGUCUCAGGGUGGGAUCAAGUUCAUGAACUGCGUUGCCACCCUCAUGACAAAGUCCAAGACCAAGUUCUUCCUGGAAUACCACUCCAGCUGCUUAGAGAAAUUUGUCAAGAGCUCGGAAGGAGAGAACCAAGAUCACUCAGAUGGGUCCAUCAAAGUUCGGUUUGGAAACCAAGUUGAGCUCGUCCCGAUCAUCUCAGACCCAGAGUAUCUGUUGGAUCAACACAUUCUCCUGUGUGUCAAGUCCACAGACUGUGAUGAAUCCUAUGGAGAGGGCUGUGUAGCUCUGCGAGCGGCGGAGUCCUCCUACACAGAGUUCCACAUCACAUUGACUCAUCACGGCGAGCGGACGGGCACCCUGACGGGAGGUGUACAGUUACGAACCUCAGAAGGCAAACAGACUGAGAAGUUAUACGAUUUCAUCAAAGUGGAAAGGGAUGAUUCUGGUGCCUCUAAAGGAAAAGGACUUGAUCUUAUCAACAAGUUUGCUCUUCCUACUGAUAUCACCAACCCCAGUUACAUGGGGGUGGGCUUCAAGUCUGGAGGUGUGACAGACAGGGGCUGGAGCUACAGCAUGUCCCCGAAAUCAGGCUCCGGAGGUGGGGGUGGUGGUGUCGGUGGGUUCGGGGGUAGGGACCAGACCCAUGGAAACACCUCUCCCAAAAAGACUGUCAACGACCGCAGCGCUGUGCGAAGCCCUACAGGAAAAGCAUCCGAUAACGUUAAUGAGGGGGGGAAGCCAGCGGAGAUGUUUGACAACCCUCUGUACGGCUCCAUGGGGAAGGGAGGAGUUCCACGAGGACCUAAAGACCAACCAGACCCUCAACGCUCCAAGGAUCACCUGACCCCUCCAGACCCCAUCUUCUCCUUCACCAAACCCUCUGACCAGGACCCUGACCGGCCCCCGGUCCCCACCCCUCGUAACCGCUCUUACACCUGUUCUGAGACCAAGCCCCCGUCCUCCGUCACCACUGCCUCAGCCCCGCUCCACCCCCAGACCUACACCAAGAACCCUGUGAAGCCCUCACGCUCUGAGGGGGCCAUGGUACAAACCACCAAUAGACCACAUCUGCCCAUGAAGUCCCGCCCAGGCCAGGCGGACGUCACGCCCACUAAGCUUAAAAACUACAGAGACAGCUCGAAGCUGCCCAGCAAACUCCGUCCACCUACAAGGCCCAUCCAGCCCCUCCCCAAAGAAGCUCAUCAUGAGGCAACUCAACCACCGAAGAUGGGCCGUUCAGUGAAAUGACUUUGUGUGCUUUUUUUCUGGCUGAAAACCCUCCUCGUCUUGUCCUAUAUGUUAAAAUGAGAUGUUGGAUGGUGGCUAGUAUCAGUCACUGCAAUGCUCGUCUUCCUGCCUCUCCAAACAAGUUCCUGUAUGAACUCAUCUUUGCAUAUGCAUUAGGCUGUAUUCAUGGCAACGCUCUGGGGAUUUGUGGAGUCCUCUGAAAUAAGUAUCAUCAUUGUUAUUAUUUUUUUUUCUCACAAAUGCUGACAACUAGAAAAGCUCUUUAUAUUAUAGGAAUCAUUUUUAAAAUACUUGUACAACAAUCUCAAUUAAAUUAAAGGGAAUCAUGUUCA